GCCGUUGCCGCCACCGUCCGCUAGGGAAGCAGGAGCGCAGUCAUGGCGAGUUCUGCAGCCUCCGCAGUGCGACCGCCGAGGCCCAAGAAAGAGCCGCAGGCGCUCAUUAUCCCCAAGAAUGCGGCGGAGGAGCAGAAGCUCAAGCUGGAGCGGCUCAUGAAAAACCCGGACAAAACAGUUCCGAUUCCAGAAAAAAUGAGUGAAUGGGCACCUCGGCCUCCCCCAGAAUUUGUCCGAGAUGUAAUGGGUUCAAGCGCUGGGGCUGGAAGCGGAGAGUUCCACGUGUACAGGCAUCUACGCCGGCGAGAGUAUCAGCGACAGGACUACAUGGAUGCCAUGGCCGAGAAGCAAAAAUUGGAUGUCGAGUUUCAGAAGAGACUGGAAAGGAAUAAAAUUGCUGCAGAGGAGCAGACUGCAAAGCGUCGAAAAAAGCGCCAGAAGUUAAAAGAGAAGAAAUUACUGGCAAAAAAGAUGAAACUUGAACAGAAGAAACAAAAAGAAGGACCCAGUCAGCCCCAAGAGCAGCCGUCCAGUAGCUCUGAGGAGGCAUCCGGGACAGAGGAGGAGGAAGAGGAGGAGCCCAGCUUCAUCAUGCGGCGAUGACUGCAGGUCACAGUGGCUACCUGCAGCCAGGGCCUCAGAAAACCCUCCACACGAACCAAGGAGAAUGGAGGCUGUUUGAACUCGGUUUCUACCCCAAGCCUCGCUGGACACAACCAAGUGGGGAGCCAUCCCGACUGCCCGCGGCCCCGCCAGUAGGCAGGGCUCGGAGCCUGGGGGACAGAAAAGACUGUCUCCUGGACACUCAAGGGCAGUGCCAAGGAGAGCUCACUGAUGUUUCCGCUAAAAGCGGGGAAAUGUUUAACCUUCUUCUUCUCCUGGUGCUUGUUCCCACGUACUUAGACAUUGAUGAGUUUUGGGCUGAUUUCUAUGAAAGGAAUGUUUAUUUAGUAAAGAGCAGGAGAACUUUGGGUUUUGUUUGGACCUGUGAAAUGUCGAAGCUGUGGGGAAGGCUGUGAAAGAGGUGAUGGGCCUUUUCCCAGACUCACCGAGGGUGCUGGCCAUGGUUCUGCCACUGACUCACACUGCGGAGCACCUGACCCUCAUUUCCUCUGGCCCAGGGUGCAGACUGCACCCCAGAACACAUGCUCCCGCCCGGGCGAGCUCCCUGUACACACUGUUUUGGGAAGCCCUGGGCACAUGCAGAGGGAGGUAGAUGUAGGACGUGACCAGAGGGCUGGGCCAGAAGAACGGGGGCUGGGUGUGUGAAAAGAGCUUUCAGGGAAGAAUUGGAGACCAGAAAAAGCAGCAGAUGGCGCAUCCAGGCUGGGCCGAGCCGGAGGAGAGGGCAUGGGAACCCCAGCCAAGCCGGGAGCCGGACCGUUGGCUGGGAGCUGCGGUUCUGUCCCGAGGUCGAAGGGGCUCUAAACAGAAAGUUGGAGGCCGCCUUGCAGGCAGCAGGGGGGCAGAGAUGGCUUCUGAUUAGGGCCUCUGGUCCCUAUUUGGAUUAGUUUUCCCCAUCUCCAAGUUUCUAAGACUAUUCUGUGGCUUUUAUGGAAUUGGAUACAGUUAUGGAAAUUAGGGUUUUGUGUGACCGUUCCACCCUUCUUUCACUUUUGUGGUGCUGAUUUCCCUGGCACUGCUGCCCUAAGCCAGGUGGCAUCUGCGUGACUUCUGUCCUUUCAGCAGUGAAGUUACGAGUUUGGUUUUGUUUUUUAAACAGUUCCUUUAAAUUGCGAUACAUCAAAGUCCAGUUAAUAUUUAUUAAGUGAUUCACAGGAAUUUCUGUUUCCCAGGAAGCUGGAAGGGAAAGCUAACUCUGGUAAUCGGGCACACACCCUGGCUGCACAUCCGGAAACCCCUUUGUCUUCGGUCAGGGACUGGCUGGUCGGUUUGCAUUUUGUCUUUUGUUCCCUGCCUGUGACUCGCUGGUCUCCCUGUCUCCCUGCAGAGUGUGUGUGUGUCACAGCUCUUGCUCUGAGUCCAGCCUGGAUCUCUCGGCUAUUGUCUCUCCCUGGAGACUGGGGAGCGUGCCAGAGGUCGGAGCCGGAAGUGGGGAACUCGGGGCGAGUCACUUCCUGCCUCUGCCUGGUGCACCUGGCCAGGAGCUUUAGCGAGACACGUGCUGGGCAGGUGGGCAGAAGACCAAACAAAUAGGGGUGUGUAUAUUUUAUGCCUUUACUAGGUACCAGAAGAUGGUGUUUAGGUAGGAAACACCCUGUAGCAGUUUCUGACAGUUUUGAAGGGGUCAUCUGUACCUUAGAUUGAGUGACUCAGUCUUCCUUCUUUAAAGUGUUACUUGGGAAAGGGAACAAUUAGAUGUCCUCAGUGAGAAGGCAGUGGGUGAUACUGAGAGGACAGUCCCCCCUAAAGAACGCCACAAUUGGGGGGAAUCAUGAAAUAAUGCCCUUAUUGACUAGCUUGUGGGGGGGAGAAGUUAGACGACAAGGGUGUGCACAGCUUGGUUGUCUCAGCAGACCUGUGUGAAGAGGGUUCUGACGCACUGGACACUGGACCGUCCUUCGGUCAGUGCAUCACCAGACAUUUGCUGAGCAUAAACACUCGGUGGCAGCCCUGCGCCUAGUUAUUUGUAUCAGAAGACUGUUUGCCCUUUAAUUGGAGAUCCAGUAUAGAUUUACCAAACAAGAUUUAUAAACAGAGUUCUGGAAACUUGCCCAGGUCAGCCAGCAAAUAAGUGGUAGAGCUGGCCUUUGAACCCACUCAGUGUGACUCCAGAAUCCAUCACCCUCGUCCCUACAACCUAGCACUGCGAGCUCUGCUCUGGGGGAGGAGCCUUGCAGCCUCACCUGGUGGGGCGGGGCUCCCAGGGCUGCGCAGGGCUGUAGGCUGCAGGCCCCACCUCUAAUAUGACGCGCGUGCGUGCGUGCGUGCGUACACAAUAAUCAUAAAAUGUAGUUUUACGUAUAUAACUGAUUAUCAUUUUCCACAAAUGCCAUGUUUGUGACUUCACUAAAAUUUAUUUGUAAUCCCAAAAUUAAUAUUCGGGCUUUUGCUGUUAUUUUCAGACAUGCACAGAGUAGUAAAAAUUUGAGUUGCCAGCUGAGGUUAAACAAGGCUUUGCCUUCUUGUUCUGUCUCAAACUUACCUAUUUAAUGGCAAGUUUUUUCCAUUUUUUGCUAAUUGUUGGUGGUUGCUGUUUCAAAUGGCCCCCAAUUUCACCAUGUAAGUACACAGGAAAUGAGUCUCCCCAGACACCUAAUCUGCCAGCACCCUGACCUUGGACUUCCAAGCUUCAGAACUAUGAAAAGUAAAUUUCUGUCACUUAAAAUAAAUAUGUAAAA